UAUGUCGACGGUUCAUACCCUUUUACUCUUACUCACAGUUUUUCUUCGUUCUAAGGUAACUGCUACCCACCACCAUUACCCCACCGUCAUUUUAUCAUUUCAUUUCAAACCAAAUCUUCAAAAAAAAAAUCUAUUCAAACUCCAACAUUUUCUCGCACUUUCUCUUCUCUUUUCUCGGCAAAAUUCUUAUCUCCCCAGAAAACACUCCAAUUGCUUCACCCUCAACGAUCUCUUCCAAACACCGACUUCGUUUCAACAGUUGCUGAAGUUUGAUUUCAACCAAACUUAAACGAACUAGUUUCUUCUUCGUUAAUCCGAUGGAUAAGAACGAUGUUUGCACAUCGGAAUCCGUCGAUGGAAGCCGUGAUGUUUGGAGUUCUAAAUCCUCUGAUUCUUCCUCCGCUGAUCAUCUUGUUGUUAUGGUUAAUGGAAUUCUCGGAAGUUCAACUGAUUGGAAAUUUGCAUCAGAACAAUUUGUUAAAGAGCUUCCUGAUAAGGUUUUUGUUCAUUGUAGCGAACGGAAUGUGUCUAAGCUGACACUAGAUGGUGUGGAUGUAAUGGGCGAGCGAUUAGUAGACGAGGUCAUUGAGGUGAUACGAAGAAAGCCAAAUAUGCGUAAAGUCUCCUUUAUUGCACACUCAGUUGGUGGAUUAGUAGCACGAUAUGCUAUUGGAAGGCUGUAUAGGCCACCACCUGAAAAUGUACCUAUGCAAGAUUCGAGCAAUAAAGGAAGUAAUGUUGACUCAAUCGGUACAAUAUGCGGCUUGGAGGCAAUGAAUUUCAUAACUGUUGCUACACCUCAUCUAGGGUCAAGGGGCAAUAAGCAGGUUCCAUUUCUUUUUGGGGUAACUGCAUUUGAGAAACUUGCAAGCGUUGUUAUUCAUUGGAUUUUUAGAAGAACAGGCCGACAUCUUUUCCUUACUGAUGACGAUGAAGGAAAACCUCCAUUGCUUAAACGCUUGGUUGAAGACUAUGAUGGAUGUUAUUUCAUGUCGGCAUUGCGCACUUUCAAACGUCGGGUUAUAUAUUCAAAUGUGGGCUAUGAUCAUAUUGUUGGCUGGAGAACAUCAUCCAUUAGACGUGAUAACGAACUUCCAAAGUGGGAGGAUACCCUCAACGAAAAAUAUCCACAUGUCGUAUAUGAAGAGCACUGCAAGGCUUGUGACGCUGAGCAAUGUGACUUAACAAAAGAUAACGGCUCUGACAAAAUAGAAGAGGAGCUGGUAACAGGUUUGUCUUGUGUGUCAUGGGAAAAAGUAGAUGUUAGCUUCCACAGUAGUAGACAGAGGUUUGCUGCUCAUAGUGUCAUUCAGGUUAAAGACAAAAUUUCACAUAUAGAAGGUGCAGAUGUUAUACAUCAUAUGAUUGACCAUUUCCUGACAUAGAAAUUGUUUGUCUCCAAAGUUGUAUACAUAUCUCUUUGCAAUAUAAGCUUUGCAUAGGAUGGAAACAACUAGUUUCCUGAGUAACAAAGUUCUCCAUUAGUUGAGGUGAAGAAUUGUAAUUUUAUUUGUCGAUGAUCCUUCACAAUGUAUUAUAUAUGUAUAUGUAUGUGUAUGAUAUGUAUAAAUCAGGAGUUUUUUCCUUUCCAUCAAAUCAUUUGAAUCAGCACA